AUGUUUGAGAUAGGACCUGUGGCUGGCUGGGGCCUCGUCUCCGACCGCCCCAGCUAUUACGGCCGUGUCGUUGAUCACUUCCCUAUCAACGCCCUGUCUGGCCUGACCGCCCAGGCGGCCAGAAAGAGAAUGCUACAAAGGAGGAAGGGGGAUUAG